CACACACACAGACACAGACACAGACACAUACACAGACAGAUAAAUGUAUAUUUAUACUGUUUGAUAAUAUGGUUUUUCCUCCUGUGUAUUGUGGUAAAUAUGUUUCACAUAGGAACCUAAAAGAAUGUUGGGAUGAAUUAAAGAUUGAGUUGCAAAAGUGAAACUCUAAACAGAAGAAAUUGAAAAUUGUCGAACGGAUUUCCCAGAAUGUACUGCUUCUCGCCUCAUAGUUUACAAAUGGAAGUAUAGGACUCUUUGUAUAGGUAUUUACAUGCAAAUAACGCCUUUUGAUGAGACAUAUGAACAAGACCUUUGACGAAAUAUACUGUUUUUUGAAUAUAUGAAGCCAGUAAGCAGACAAAUAUUCCCCAUGUACUUGAUUUUCUUUGACUGGUAAAUGUCAUUGUAGAAGCAUUCAAGUCAUAUAUGUCUGUGAUUCAAUAAAGUUGUCAUGAGUUUUUUCCCAUUUUCUCCAUCUCAUGACAAACAUAGAAAUGUUUGUAAUUUACUUGGCAGCAUUAUUUGCAAUAGUUUGCACAGGUGCCAAUGGUUUCACUCAUUGUAAUUUCUUUAAAAUGACAGCAUUUGAAACAUGAUACGGCAAACAUGGCAAAAAAGAUUGAGCUUCUUGAAAUUUCAAAGAGAAAACUCUUGGGAGAAGGUUUGGGGUCAUGCACUAUUGAAGAACUACAACAGAUAGAAAAACAAUUGGAGGGGAGUGUAAGCAGCAUUCGAGCACGAAAGAUGCAGGUCUUUAGGGAACGGAUCGAGCAACUUAAACAAAAGGAGAAAGAUUUAGAAGCUGAAAAUGCAAUGCUAUGCCAAAAGUGUGGACUACAACGUCAGCGAGGAUCAAAUGAAGAGGGAGGAAAUUUACCCUCCCCAGAAAAUAGUGACAAGUCAGAUGUGGAGACUGAACUAUUCAUUGGACCACCAGAAAGCAGAAUGAAGCGCGCUCUGCAGAAGUGA